CCAAUCGUCACUUCCGGUGAAAAAAAAAGAAGAAAAUCGGUCAACUGUUAAGAUUCGUUUUUGCUCUAUUAUUUACGAUUCAUGGGAGGAUUUGUCGAAUAGGACACAAUUUAAAGACCCAAGUGUCUUGUCCAUCAAUUUAUAUAGAUUUGUUUCAGAGUUGGUGGCUUGUUUUCUGUGAGAAUGCCUUUGUUUGGAAAGUCACAGAAGAGCCCACAGGAGCUUGUAAAGUCUUUAAAGGAAGGCUUGACUGCUCUAACACGUGAGACUGGUGAGAAGAAACUGGAUAAGGCCAGUGAUGAUGUGUCUAAGAACCUUGCAGCCAUUAAGACAGUAUUGUACGGCACAGAGAAUCAGGAGCCUCAGACAGACCAGGUGGCCCAGCUAGCCCAUGAAAUGUAUGACAAUAAUAUGUUGUAUCUACUGGUUCAAAACCUGGGAAAGAUUGAUUUUGAGGGUAGGAAAGAUGUUGCGCAGAUUUUCAACAAUAUGUUGCGACGCCAGAUCGGCACUAGAGCACCUACAGUUGAUCAUCUCGGACCCAGAAAGGAAAUUCUAUUAGACUUAAUGAAAGGGUACGAGAGUCAAGAAAUAGCAUUGAAUUGUGGUAUGAUGUUGCGGGAGUGUUGUAGAUAUGAACAGUUGGCAAAGACGAUGUUGUACUCCGACCAGUUUUUCAUGUUCUUUACAUAUGUUGAGGUGUCGACAUUUGAUGUGGCUUCUGAUGCAUUCUCUACGUUCAAGGAGUUGUUAACAAAACACAAGAUCCUAGCUGCUAAUUUCCUAGAAGCAAACUAUGACAAAGUGUUCAUACCUUACCAGAGUUUAUUGGUCUCUGACAAUUAUGUGACGAGGAGGCAAGCUUUAAAGUUGCUGGGUGAGCUGUUGUUAGAUCGUCACAACUUUACUAUAAUGACACGAUAUAUCAGUAAUCCGGACAACUUGAAGAUGAUGAUGAAUAUGUUACGAGAGAAGAGCAGGAAUAUUCAGUUCGAAGCCUUCCAUGUCUUUAAAGUAUUCGUCGCAAACCCUAACAAACCAAAGCCAAUUCUCGACAUUUUACUACGGAACAAGGAUAAACUGGUGGACUUCCUCACCAAGUUUCAUACGGACCGGUCCGAUGAUGAACAGUUUAACGAUGAAAAAGCCUACUUAAUAAAGCAAAUUAAAGAAUUAAAGCAGACGGAAGAAACGUAACGUCUGGAAAACGCCUAGAUGAUUUUUUUCCUGGAUUUUCUUUUUUUUUUUCGAUGAAGAAAAAUUGAUGUGAUAUGCAUUUUAUAUUAUUCGGUUGCAAAACAUGAUGAUAAAACUUGUGUGUUAAGGUAGAAAAAAACAAAA